CAAAUCCGGCACAGUGUAUGAUCGAAGGGGACGCAAAGGUAAACAAUGGAUAAAUAUAUGAUGACAACAAUAAAGUUUUGUUAUAUUUAAAUUGGUCGUCCAAGGCUACCAUUUUGACAUGUAUGUGCAAAGCACGAGGAAGGAUAGCAUUUUGAUGCAGCAAAUGAACAUGGACAGUCAGACAGGAAUAUUAGUAAAUGGACAACCCUACAAAAAAUCUCAACAUAUACCAGCUCAGGAAGUUGGAAGUGAUGAAACAUUGAAUGCCGGUUUAGGGAAAGAACAAGAGGAACUAUGUGGUGCCGCUCCAACAUUUGAGAACCACAAUCUUAAAAACACUGAUUUGACCAUGAUGUUUCGUAUGUCCGACUUCGGAGGGGAUUCGGAUAAGAAAAUAUACCAGGAUAUCAAGACUGAAGAAAGUGAAAACAGUGAUGCAAUAUUCUCUGUGCAAAACGAAGGAGAAGUCAUACUAAAAAUGGGCGUACUUAAAGCAGAUGAUUUUUUAACUGUGUAUGAUGAUGAAGAUAGCGAAGACGAAGAAGAGUCCACUUAUACCUGUUGCCGAUGGUACAACCGUUUCCAUACAAAAGUAAAGAAAUGGGUUAAUAAGUAUUCAAAGCGAAUAAACGUUGUCUUCAAAUUUAUAACUUUCAUUUUUUACCUGAUGUACUUUGGCUAUGCAAUGUAUUGGCGUUUUGGGGACGAAGGCUCAAUGCGACUUUUAGUUUGCACAGUUUUAGGAAUCUUAAUAAUUUGCCAUAAGAUUAUUCAGAAGAAAGGAUGUGCUUGUUGUAUUCUGCCUGUGUUGCAUAAUCGUGAAAAGAAAGCAUGUUAUACAAGAUGGUUUUUAUAUGUUGCAAUGAUAACAUUUGCUGUAGUUUAUAUAGUUAUAGAGGUCGGGAUGAAACAACCCCAGAAUCUCGUAUCUUUGGCUGGAAUGGUUGUACUAGUAUUGGCUUGUACUUUGUCUUCCAGACGAAUAGCCGCUAUUGAUUGGCAUUGCAUAUUUUGGGCAAUCUCUUCACAGUUUCUUUUGGCUAUUGUUUUACUGAGGACAACGUGGGGUAUCCUCGUCAUAACCUGGAUGGCAGAUAGAGUGACGUCAUUUAUGGAACAUGGCUACAAAGCAUCGGAAUUUGUUUUUGGUAAAACCUAUAAAGACCAUGGGAUUGUCCUACAGUCGAUGCCUUUACUGUUUUUUAUUGGUGCAUUUACAGCUAUUUUGUACCAUUUUGGUGCCAUGCAGUAUAUGAUUAAAGCUAUCGGCAGAGCGCUUUCAUUAACCCUUUGCACAACUCCACCAGAAUCUAUAAGUGUGGCAGCUAAUAUGUUUCUUGGUUCCAGUCAGUCAGCACUUAUUGUUAAACCAUAUCUUCCAUACAUGUCAAAAUCUGAACUAUUUUCCUUGAUGGUUGGCGGAUUUGCAUCUCUUAGUGGUUCUGUAUUUGGUAUAUUUAUUGGUUUCGGGGCUCCAGCCGAACAUCUUUUGGCAGCUUGUAUUAUGUCAGCACCAGCAUCGUUUGCUAUAUCCAAGCUACUGGUACCAGAAUCAAAAUUAAACAAGAAAAAUAAACACAAAUACAGUGACACUAUUCACUUAGAGAAAUAUAAAAAUGUAAUUGAUGCUACUGGUAGAGGGGCUCUAGAUGCUGUAACAGUGUUCUCUAGUGUCAUAGUAAACCUGUAUGUUUUUUACGCUGUUUUACAGUUUAUUAAUACCACAUUAAUAUGGUUUGGUGAUCGAGUAGGAGUAGAAGGUCUGACCUUCCAGUUUAUGGUAUCCUACUUAUUUCUACCACUCCCAUUAUUAAUGGGUGUCGAUAUUGGUGAUUGCAGAGCUAUAGGUAAACUGAUAGGUUAUAAACUAGUAGGCACCAACGGUUUAGCUUAUAUCAUGUUGGGAAAGCUGAGAGACAACCGAGAACUAUUCAUCCAAUAUAGAUCAACUCUGGCAACCAAUGCUACCUGGAAUUAUAACGGAGAUGACAUUUUCUUGACACAGUGGAACCGGACCCUUACUGAUGGUAUUAUUUCGGAACGAUCAACGGUAAUUGCUACGUACGCCAUGUGUGGCUUCUCUAAUUUUGCUAGUAUGGGAAUCAUGAUGGGAUCCUUGAUGGCACUGGUACCAAAGCGGCAAGGCGUGGUGGUAAAUCUUAUAUUGAAAGCUAUGAUAGCAGGAAAUAUAGCAUGUUAUCUCACAGCUUGCAUUGCAGGUUUAUUUCAUUGUACUUAGACCACUUAUAACAAUACACAGCUGUUGGACAUCACAUACCGGUAUUAAAGACAUAUUCACUCCAGCAUAAUUAUAUCUGAAUUAUUUUGAAAAAUAAACUUAUAUGUACAUUA